AUGUUUAUUAUAAUAAGAGUUAAAAUGAGUUUUCCAAUAUUAACAAAAAUUCCUCCGUAUGUAUCACCUGCAGAUCAGCAACAAGAGAAAUCAGGUAUAGUCGGAUUUCGAGCAAAAAUAAAACAAACAAUUGGUUUAAACAAAUCAACAACAUUAAUAAAUGCUACUAAUAAAAAACAAGAACGAUUCAAUGAUUUACAACCGGAAAGUCAAGAAAUGGUUUUACGUGCGUUUGAAGUAUUUCAUCAACAAAAUAUUGAAAGUGCAAUAACAGUCAUGAAUGAAAGUCGAGAUUUAUUAAGACAAACAAUGGAAGAGUUUACACAAGAACAAGAAGAAUAUCGACGACAAUUAGAAGAUAUGACAAAAAAUAGAAAUAACCCUAAACGCCGAAAAGAAAAUGCCGUACCACUGGCAGUUUAUAUGAAACAAAAACGGGAUGCAUUAGAUACAGGACGACCUGAUGCAGAACUGGAUCCGAUAUAUCAAGCCUAUUUUGAAGCACUAUUAGCUGAUGACAAAAGUCAUCAACAUCCAACAGAUAAAGCAGCUGUAGUCAAAUAUAUACGUCGACGAGAACGACGAAAACGAGCAGAAGAAAAUCGAAAACACUACGAAAUGACGGAUGCCAUAUUGGAACAACAAACACAAGAGAUAAUUCAACAUAUGGGAGGUAUGGAUAUUAAACUAGAAAAUGAACGUCAACGUCAAAAUGAAUUAUUGAAACAACGAAUGGAAGAGAAAAAAGUAAAACAGUAUGAUAUAACAGCUAAAGCAAACGAUAUUAUGGAAAUGGCACAUGAAGGAGAACUAGCUCGUCAACGUAUAGAGCAGAGUCAACGUGAGAAAAUUGAUGCUCGUUUAUCUGCUGCACGUUUACAUCGUACACCCACGAAUUUAAUUCAUGUUCAUGGACAAGACGAUGACACUGUUGACAACGAGUUAACAACAGCAACAAAAAAUUCUAUUCAAUUACUAAGUGGAAGUAACAAUAAUGAACGACUCUUUCGUUCACAUACGCCUGUCUAUGGUGACGAAAAUAUCGACGAAAAAACAAUUGCUAAUGUUUAUAUAUAA